UCUGGGAAACUAAGUUGUUUAAACACCUCCAAACAGAAGGGGCGAAAUCGUUAAAUUAUAUUGCAAUUGGCCUUGACAGGGCAUGCACCACCGAAGAAGAACACCCGGAAGUAAAGUAUUGUUAAGAAAUCUCAGAUGGCGCGAUUCUUCAAAAACGUCAACAGACUUUGAUAUAUCAAGAUUAAUCUUCUAAAACGAGUGACAAUUGUGUACGAGUGACACAGCGUUACUGGUUAUAUAAAGUUAACGCUGGCAGAUCAGAUUUAUCGUAACGUUAGCCGGCUGAAGUGGGCUGACAGCUAGAAUGGCUAGCCAGCUAUGUUAACUUUAGCUAAUCUUGAUUUCAAUCAUCUAGCUAGCUACUGUAGUUUGCUUUCCUCCUUUGAUUUUUGUUAAUUUUGUUUAUUUCAGAUAGAAAAUGCCCUUGUCUACUCAGUCUCAGACUGGAGGUGAUAACUACGUCCUUGUAGCUAGUCUGGAUAAUGUCCGUAAUCUGUCCAACAUCUUGAAAGCCAUCACCUUCAAAGAUCAUGCCAUUUUCAAUGCCACACCAAACGGGUUGAAAGUCACUGUGGAGGACUCUAAAUGUCUGCAAGCCAAUGCCUUCAUUCAGGCUGAGAUCUUCCAAGAGUUUACCAUCAGAGAGGACUCAGUGGGGUUUCAGGUCAACCUGACCGUUCUUCUGGACUGUCUCACCAUCUUCGGGGGAAGCACAGUACCAGGAGUGGCCACUGCCUUGCGGAUGUGCUACAACGGUUACGGCUACCCCCUGACCCUGUUCCUAGAGGAGGGUGGUGUGGUGACGGUGUGUAAGAUCAACACCCAGGAGCCAGAGGAGCCCAUAGACUUUGAGUUCUGCAGCACCAAUGUGACUAAUAAAGCCAUCCUCCAGUCAGAGAGUCUGAAGGAGGCCUUCUCUGAGCUGGACAUGACCAGUGAGGUCCUGCAGAUCACCAUGUCUCCCAGUCAGCCAUACUUUAGGUUGUCUACCUUUGGGAAUUCUGGGAAUGCCCAUUAUGAUUACCCAAAGGAUUCUGACAUGAUGGAGCUGUUUCAGUGUACAAAGACUCAGACUAACAGGUACAAGAUGUCUCUACUGAAGCCGUCCACCAAGGCCUUGGCUCUAUCCUGUAAGGUCUCGGUGAGGACAGACUGCAGAGGGUUCCUGUCUUUGCAGUACUUGGUCAGGAAUGAUGAUGGACAGAUCUGCUUUGUGGAAUACUACUGCUGUCCGGAUGAGGAAGAGGAUUAGGGAGAAUAGGAAUAUUUUUUGUACAAGAAUACGAGGCUCAAGUGUUUUAGAUGUUAUUCUAAAGCAAAACUUGGCUUUUUUCACUUGGCCCUGUUAUUUGUAUUGUAUUCCUUGGCUGUGUUAUUUGUAUUGUAUUCCUUGACUGUGUUAUUUGUAAAUACUGUUGGCUCUGGUACAUGUUCAAUUUAAAGUGAAAAUGAUUCAUUGCUAAUAGUUUUUCUCAAUUAGUUGUUUGGUUUGUUUUCAGUGAAUUAAUGCUGCUCUCCCAUUGUUUGGAAGUUUACAAGGAACUUGAAACAAUAUUUGUAUAAUCAAAAUAUUCCUUCACUUUUGAUAAAUAUUUGAACAUAUUAUUAUUGACAAUAAAUGUAAAACUGGCGCUACCA